CAUUAAAUUAGAAAUAACAACAAAGCAAGAAAACAUUAAAUUCACCCUUCCUUCCUUGGAAUUGGUUCAUUUUCAAUCCCUCUGUUUCUCAUUUCUUCGUUAAUAAUUGAAAAUAAUUAAUUAAAUACAAAAAAUAAAAUAGAAAUGGAAAGGAAUACGGAUUAUUCAUCAGGAAAAAACCAUUUUAAGGUAUACAAUGAGCUUGAAUUACAUGAAUACAAGGAUAAAUUCAGAAUCAGAUCACUUCACUUUCCAGAUUCAGGCUUUUAUAUCUCUCGUUCCGAUGGCACCUUCCACGGUGAGGUCAAUAUCGAACCCGGUGCCACAAAGGUUUAUACCAUAUAUGGAGUUGCUGGAACUAUUCGCUUACUUGCAGGAACAUACUUAUUGGUCAUAACUUCUCGCAAGGAGGUCGGGGCGUAUCUUGGUUAUCCUGUCUUUCGGGUUAUGUCUAUGAAGUUCUUAUCUUGUAAUGGAGAUUUAAGAAACCUAACUAAUCAGCAAAAAAAAGAUGAGGCUUACUUCCAGACAUUGUUGAGAGUCGUGGAGGAUACUCCUGGCUUGUACUAUUCCUACGAAACUGAUAUUACAUUAAACUUGCAGAGAAGAUAUAAGAUGGCUGAUGGGUGGAUGAGUAAACCAAUUUGGAAGCAGGCCGACCCACGGUUCGUUUGGAACAGGAGUAUCUUAGAGGAUCUAAUUGAAAAUAAGCUUGAUGAGUUCAUUGUACCCCUUUUACAAGGAAGCUUCCAGAUGGGUCAGCUAAAGUUGAACAAUUUAACAUCCACGAUUACAUUAAUUUCAAGGCGGUGCACAAGGCGUCUUGGUACUAGAAUGUGGAGACGUGGAGCUAAUCUAGAAGGGGAUGUGGCUAACUUCAUUGAAACGGAACAAUUGCUCGAGUAUGACGGAUUUAAGUCGUCAUUUUUGCAGGUUCGGGGAUCAAUUCCACUUCUGUGGGAACAAAUUGUUGAUUUGAGUUAUAAACCCCAUCUUGCUGUUAUCGAGCAUAAAGAUACGCCCAUGGUUGUGAAACGCCACUUUCGUGAUCUUUUGCAGAGAUACGGAGAUACUAUUGCUGUUGACUUAACUGAUAAGAGCGGCAACGAGGGCCAUUUAAACCUAGCUUUUGCCACCGAAAUGGAAAAGCUGCCAGAUGUUAGAUAUGUUUCAUUUGACUUCCAUCAUUGUUGUGGCAACUCUAAUUUUGAUGGUCUGAAACUUCUUUACGAUGAAAUAGCUGACGACUUCAAAAAACAGGGAUACUUCCUCCAAACCCCAGAAGGCGAGUUACUAGCAGAGCAGAAAGGAAUAGUUCGAUCCAACUGCAUUGAUUGCCUUGAUCGAACAAAUGUUACCCAGAGCUAUCUUGCACGAAUAUCUUUGAAUCAACAAUUGCAGCGGAUCUGUGCAUUGACAUCAUCAGAAAGCAUCUGUACAUUUACAGAGGAUGAAGAUCUUGAGAUAUUCAGGAAUUUGUGGGUAAAUCAAGGUGACGAGAUCAGCCGUGAGUAUUCUGGAACCAAUGCUUUGAAAGGGGACAUUGUCAGAUAUGGAAAACAAACUGUUUCUGGAUUAAUCAAAGAUGGGAUAAGUGCCCUUUCGAGAUAUUAUUUGAAUAAUUUUCAAGAUGGAGUUCGACAGGACGCUAUAGACCUCAUUUGUGGCAAUUAUAUUGUCAGUGGAAACAGUCCUUCCCCAUUCCAGCUUAACAAAUUUGAAUCACGCACUUUGUUUCCUGUGGCAUCAGCUUUAUUGAUAGGAGGGUUGACGGUAACAUCUAUCACUCUUAAUCGAGGACAAAAUGCCCAGAGUGUGAUAUCUUCGGUAAUAUGUGUGGGUGCAACUGCUGGAAUGAUGGCUCUAGUAAAAUCAAAUGGAAGACAAAUCUGUUCUAGGCCUCGCUUGUGUGGCCUUUUGUAAUCAAGUGAUCCUGGUCUCGUAUUUAAACGAGACAUCUUUGCUAAAAUGGUAUUAUGACUUCGUAGAUGUGUCCUCUAGGUGGCAAUGAUAAUCAUUUUUCUCAAUUAAUAAUAAGUGGCUAUACAUUGAAACAAUAAACAUAUUGAAACGGUUGUAAAUAACUGAAUUUGUAGGUUUUCAUUCUCGGACUUCUGGGUCAGCGGUUCGCACUGAUUUUGCAGUGUGAAAAAUUUGUUGAUUAGAUUUACUGUAUAUAGUUUUCUUUAACAUAUAUAUAUAUAUAUAUAUAUAUAUAUAUAUAUAUAUAUAUAUAUAUAUAUAUAUAUAUAUAUUCUAUCUUAGUUAUUAUUUUCUGAA